GUGGGGCGCGGCGCCCCGGGAGUUUUCCGCCCUGGGGCUCCUCCCCCGUCCCGCCCUCCCGGCCCAGGCGCCGCGGGUCCUGAGCGCUGCGGAGCGGGGCCAAGGUCCAGCAGAACCGAGGCGGCCGCUGAGAGGUCGCUGCUGCCGCGUGCGCGCUCGCCCCUCGGCGUCCGGGGCCAGGUCCGACCAUGAGCUACCCAGGCUACCCCCCACCCCCUGGGGGAUACCCCCCAGCUGCACCAGGUGGCGGGGCCUGGGGGGGUGCUGCCUACCCCCCGCCCGGCGGGCCCCCCAUCGGGCUGGAUAAUGUAGCCAACUACGCAGGGCAGUUCAACCAGGACUACCUCUCGGGAAUGGCAGCCAACAUGUCGGGGACGUUUGGAGGAGCCGGCAUGUACCCUGGAGCCCCUGGGGGCGGCUACCCUCCGGUGCCCCCUGGCGGCUUCGGGCAGCCCCCUCCUUCCCAGCAGCCUGUCCCUCCGUAUGGAAUGUACCCGCCCCCUGGAGGAAACCUACCCUCUGGGGUGCCCUCCUAUCCACCUUACCCAGGGGCACCGGUGCCGCCCCCUGGGCAGCCACCAAUGACCUACCCUGUGCAGCCACCAAUGCCACCCCCGGGGCAGCAGCCAGUGCCACCCCCGGGGCAGCAGCCGAUGCCAAGCUACCCGGGAUACUCAGGGUCCGGAACCGUCACCCCCGCCGUGCCCCCAGCCCAGUUUGGAAACCGAGGCACCAUCACAGACGCUUCUGGCUUUGACCCCUUGCGAGACGCCGAGGUCCUGCGGAAGGCCAUGAAGGGCUUUGGGACCAACGAACAGGCCAUCAUCGACUGCCUGGGGAGCCGCUCCAACAAGCAGAGGCAGCAGAUCAGCCUGUCCUUCAAGACAGCCUACGGCAAGGAUUUGAUCAAAGAUCUGAAAUCCGAGCUGUCAGGGAACUUUGAGAAGACCAUCUUGGCUCUGAUGAAGACCCCAGUCCUGUUCGACGUGUCUGAGAUAAAGGAAGCCAUCAAGGGGGCUGGCACAGACGAAGCGUGCCUGAUCGAGAUCCUGGCUUCCCGCAGCAACGAGCACAUCCGGGAGCUGAGCAGAGCCUACAAAGCAGAACACAAGAAGACCCUGGAGGAGGCCAUUCGCAGCGACACGUCCGGGCACUUCCAGCGGCUCCUCAUCUCCCUCUCUCAGGGAAACCGAGAUGAAAGCACAAACGUGGACAUGUCCCUCGUCCAGAGAGACGUUCAGGAACUGUAUGCGGCGGGGGAGAACCGCCUGGGAACAGAUGAGUCCAAGUUCAACGCCAUUCUGUGCUCCCGAAGCCGGGCCCACCUGGUGGCAGUUUUCAAUGAGUAUCAGAGGAUGACAGGUCGGGACAUCGAGAAGAGUAUCUGCCGGGAGAUGUCGGGGGACCUGGAGCAGGGCAUGCUGGCUGUGGUGAAAUGUCUCAAGAACACCCCAGCCUUCUUUGCUGAGAGGCUCAACAAGGCCAUGCGGGGAGCAGGAACGAAGGACCGGACCCUGAUUCGCAUCAUGGUGUCCCGAAGCGAGGUUGACCUUCUGGACAUCAGAGCAGAGUACAAGCGGAUGUACGGCAAGUCGCUGUACCACGACAUCACGGGAGACACUUCUGGGGACUACCGGAAGAUCCUGCUGAAGAUCUGUGGUGGCAAUGACUGAGCAGUGACUGGUGGCCCACUUCUGCCCCCUGCUGGCAAUGCCAUGCCAGGGUGCGGCCAAAUGAUGUUUCUCACCAGUCCAGCCAGUAGCCCAGAGGUGCACAUCUGUCCCUAGAGCCUUGGCCCUGUCCUGCCUUGCCCUUCCUGGCCUGGACACCCUGAUUAAGGGCCUGGUUGUGGCUAGAGCUCUGUCAGGGAGGCUUCUCCUCCCACUCCCUGCAGCCUCAGGCUAUUACAGUAGAUAUUUUAUUUCCUGACUUGUGCAAUCAUUCCUCGUAGCUUGUGGCUAAGAUUCUGAGCAUCAUUUUCAUUGUGUAAUUUUAGAUUCUCAUUUGGAGGCACAUUUUCUUUUUUUUAACCAUCUUUGCCCAGCAGAUGCACAUUAGUCUGUGUACCAGUACACAUUUCUGCUGAGAGGCUUGAACCUCACCGAGGGCCUGCUAGUGUGAUACCUGCGUCUGGUGAGAAUAUAUCAUGCGCUUUGUUUUUGCCAAACUCAUUCCUUUUUAGACAAAAAAAAAAAAAAAAAAAAAAAAAAGAGGGCAGACAGUCAUUUCUUCUGUCUCCCAUGCAAAACCACAGGGCAAAAGCCCGUUCCCAGCCAGUGACAGGGCUCCUUGUACUUUGAAAUGUGCCUUAAACCUGAAUGUCUGUAGCCAAAAAGUGUUUCCAUAUUAAAGUUGGCCAGCUCUGGAAUGUUCUGGAAAUGUC